AUGGCUCAAACACCGCAGUCUGAAAAUACGGAAAAUGAUACGUUCCCUGAAAUAAAUCUGUCACCAGUACAAAUACAACAGCAAUAUUUUGAGAAUCUUCCAGAUUGUGAUUGGAUAAAAUAUGAUCGAGGAAAUAGAAAACAUCUUAUGCAAAACAUUGCAUUUGCACUUUUUGGCACCCCAACUAAAGAAGGGAAUUUAUUAGAAAAUUCUUCUGAAACUUUAGAAGGGUAUACAUCAAGACAAAAAGAGCAGGUUCUUAAUGUGUAUAAAAAAAUUUGUAAUCAAACCAAAUACAGUUUUAAUAAUGAUGAUCUUAUGGUGUCUAUACUGCUUAUUGUGUGUGUUAAACCAAAACCACUAAAGCUAUUACAAUUUACACCAUCAGACUAUUGGGUUGACUUACAUAACCGGACUGAUGUGGAUAUGUGGUGUACAGCUGUUUUUAAAGUGAGAAAAUGCAUCCCAACUACAGUUGAUUCAAAACCAUGCAGAAUUUACAUAGAUGAAAAUACGAGGGUGUACCAAGAUUGGCAAUCAGUUUUAACGGAUAACAUGUUUCCGAAAUGUGUGAUAGUUGCUCCGCAAAAUGGGGAGUAUCGAGGAGUUAUUGUUGAGGAAGAAAGAAUCGUUGCUGUUAAAUUAACAGUAACGCCUUCACCGGCAUUAGGCCUCAAGUCUCGAGUGCUAAGCUCCGUUGAUACAGUUAAUACUGUGGCCUCGUUGGGAGCAGUUGGUGUUUUGGGAGUGGCAGCCUUUACUCCAGUGGGGCCAGCAGUGCUGGCAGGAGCUGCUGUGGCCACAGUUGCAACUGGGUUGUAUGGUAUAGUGCGCUCCUCGUUCCAUCUUCGUGACCGGAGAGUGCAUGAGCAGAGCAUAGGUGUAACAAACUCGGAGGCGCGUGGCAGCUGGCUGAACAUAGCGGCAAGUGGUGUGGGACUUGGGAGUGGGUUGGCUAGUACUCUCCUAUCUCGCUCUGCCGCUGCCGGAACUAAUCUUACCAAAACUGGUGAAGUGUUAGCUGCAUCUGUGGAGGUGUUGCGACGCGCCAAUUUGAUAUCUGGCGGUGCAGGAGUUCUCAACAGUCUCGUACAUUUGAUAAUUAAGUACAAGAAGCAUGGCGAGAAAGCGACAAAACUAGAGUUGUUCCAAUUCUCAGCUUCCAUGUUGUUCUUCUUCCAAGCCGCGAUGUCCAACCGCACAGCGCAAAACAUCAUCGAAGAUGCGCAAGCCAAUACUAUCAACGAAUAUCGGGCGACACUCAGAAGUAACAGACACAGAAAAGCAUUCGACAAAUUAAGCGCGGAAUCACGCCGUAUAUCGGGCGCCAUUCAGGGCAACACUGAGGUCAUUUGCGGGAUCAAAAACAUUGCUAACAAAGAUCAAUAUUUCGCCGACGUUUUGAGAAUCAACAAAGACAUAAACCAGCACAAAUUGAGAAUAUCUAUGACUGCCGAUGGUCGGGUCAACUUGAACGCUGCGCACACGUUUGAGCCGUCACAAUUGUACGGCCUGGGGAAGGACGGGAGAUCUCAGCUCUUCUCGACUUUAGGUCCAGCGAAGGUCAACACGCCAAACGUUCCCACUAAAGUUGUUCCAUCGUCAGCGGGGGUUCAAAUAUUCGAUAACAAGGAAGAAGAGACAUCGACACCGGUGGGUAUACGCCCAGAAGAAGUUCUACGGAUCGGGAUCCACUUAGUUCGUGUCAGCGCGUCCGGAGCAGAAAAUAUAGCGUCUCUUCUAGAAAAUUUAAGCAAAGAUAUCUACGAUGCGCUGAUGACGGCCGCUUUGAAUGUCUUGUCGAAUCUCGUCCCGGCGGAAAUCGCGAAGCUGAAAUUGAUAAGUCCAGACGAAGACUUGAUUCAACAAAUUGUGAAUUUUGUCUUCAAUUAUUUGAAGCAUCAAAGACCGAUGGGCGAAUCCCGCGAAGACGAUAACGGGAUAGUCAUUAUUCUAAAGGACUUCUUUCAAAACGGUGUUUUGAGGAAAGAAACGAUUAUGCGUUUGAAGGAUAAGCUAAUGGAGUAUAUUGAUGGGGAGUUGGAAAAGAGAAGAAACCGGUUCCCGAAUAAAAAUCAAAUCAUUUGUCCUGACUGUGAAGGGGUAAGGUAUGCAUAG